CCCUCUCUGUCCUCAGUAGGAGCAUGGUUCUGUGGGUGUGGGCUACAGUUCUCCUCCUCUCAUCAGCAUCAGUUCUUGCAGGUGAUGAUGGCUGGGCUCUAGUGGUCCAAGCGGAGGUCAGAGCUAUGGAGGGCUACCCCGUGGUCCUGCCCUGCUCCUUCAGCCACCCCCUGCACUCCCAUCAUGCCUCGCUGCAGGUGAGCUGGAGGCGUGGCCACGGGGCUGACUCCACCCUGGUGUUCCACUGUGUGAGCCGGAGCGGAGCAGAGGGCUGUGAGGCCGCGCUGCACCAGGACCAGAGGUACCGUCUGGAAGGAAACCCACGAGAACACGAUCUGUCCCUGCGCAUCAACGGCGCCACCCUACAGGACAGCGGCCGCUACUACUGCCAGGUGGAAAUCCAGGGCAAGGAGCACAGCGACAAGAUGGGAACCAGAGUGAGGGUCGAAGCUCCUCCAAAGAUCCUGUCUGUGACUCUGGAGGGCAGCUCUGACUCUGGGUACAGCGCAGUGUGCCGGGUGCAGGGCUCUCCGCUCCCAGACGUGCAGUGGCUGAACCCAGAGGUGUUGCUGCAGGGUUCCGGGGCCGCGGCUCUCACAGAGGGACCGCACUACCGCACGGAGGGCCGGCUGCGGGACGUCCAACCACACGCCCACUACACCUGCGCAGCCACCAACCCUCUGGGACGCGACCAGGCCACGCUCUACUUCCUCCAGCCCGUCCCGAUCUGUGCCGGGGGCGUGGAGCCGCUCACCCUGCUCCUGUCGCUCACCCUGGGGUCAAAGGUCGUGCUGCUGCUGGGGGCGGGGCUGUGGAUGGUGAGCAGAGGGGCCGUGCAGCGUCCCCGGUGGUGCAGGUGGAGAUGA